GAAUUCAUUUACUUUCUUCAUUGGCUGCAGAUAUAAUGUUAGAUUUCCUCCUUGAUACCCCCCCCAUGCGCACACGUGAUAACUGGGAGUUGACUGUAUGAAACAGUUUUGGGAAAGCGAAAGUUUCUCACUUGAAGAACUCAUAUGUAGGCUAUAUAAAGAACUAGCCUAUGUGCGAAAAUAAAGAAAUAAAGAAACAAAUUCAGUUGAGCUUUAUUUGAUAAUACACAAGGAGAGUCUUUUCCGCUCUUGAGAAUACUUAAGAAUGAAGGAUCGAUAUCAACCAAUAAAAAGUGUGUUUUAGUAUCUAUGGGUGGAGCUUUACACAUUGGAGCUUUUCUGAAGUGUAACUGAAAAAAGACAAACUCCUGGACAAUGCAAUGGCACUUUAAAUCAGAAGAAAUACUCUCCAUGACAGCCAACAACAAAUGACCUGAAAAAUCCCCGUUACCAAUGAUGGAAGGUCACACUAUACCUUCAUUUAAGGGUGGGACAAUUCACAUCUCAAGUGAGGUCAUUGACUCCCUUUCACUUCUUGAUAUUGUGUGGUCCAAUAAGUUUGAGGACGAGAACAUUGACCCAGAUGACGCCAAGCAAAAUGAAGCUAAUUUUCUUAAAGGAGCUCCACCACAGUGGCUGAAUUUCUAUUGGUCAGAGAAAGAAGACACUCCAUUUGUCACUAGGAAUGGCUUCAAUGAUUUGAUUCAGCUAGUCAAGAAAAACAAAAGGAAAAUAUGGAGUGUCGUUGAUAUGCACUUGCUUUACCAGCCAGGAAGUGGAGGGUCAACCCUCGCAAUGCAGGUCCUUUGGAAUUUCCGAAAGGAACUCAGAUGUGCCCGAGUGACAAACUCUACCCUGGACAUUACAGAGCUUUCAAAGCAAGUGGUCAAGCUUUUUCUGGUGGGAGAUGAUCAUGAUCAGAAUACUGUGCUGCUUUUGUUGGACAUCAAGGAAAUGAUAAAUGAAUACCAGCCAUUUAAAAGAAUUCUACAGGACAGUCUGAUCAAAGAAAUCAAUGGGCAGAACAUCAAAGCAAACAUUCCUGUUGUGAUCAUUUUAAACUGCUGCAUAAUGGACUUUACAAGAACAGAUACGCUGAGUCUUGAAGCAAGCUUGUCAGAAGAUGAAGAACGACGAUUAAGGGAAAAACACGAUGAAGUUACUAAGUUACACAAGGAACAUAAACAAUUCAGGGGCUUCAUCAGAAUGCUUGAAAAUUUUAGUGUGCCACAUGAUCGGUCAGUCGUGAAACGUGUUGAAAGCUUCACACACUCCCCACAAUUUUGCAUGAUCUCAGCACCAAAUGGUGCCGAAAUCCAAAUCAAAAAUUAUUCUGUUUUCUCCAAAUCCUGUCUUGACAUACUAUGGGCAAACAUGUAUGAAAAUGUGCCAUUGGACCAGCUGUCUGCUGAGGAGGUGGAGAGUGAGUUUCUUAAAGGAGGCCGACCACAAUGGAGGGACUUUUACUGCUCAGAACAAGAAGGUACCUUGUUUGUCAAAAGAGACCUCUAUGACUCCUUGAUCCAGCAGAUUAAUGUGCAGAAAAAGAGCCAAUGGAAUGUGACCACCAUUAAUCUGUUUCACCACCCAGGUAGUGGAGGAUCAACACUAGCCAUGCAGGUGCUGUGGGACUUGAGGAAGCAGCUCAGAUGUGCUAGAAUGAAAUACAAAUCAUCCGACAUGAACAUCAAAGACGACAUUAUCAAACUAUUCAAAGAGGGUGGGGAGAAGAAUCAAAACACUGUGCUCCUCCUGCUGGAUGUAGGGGAUGAAGGAAACAGGAUAUCAUACCGUUUACAUAAGGAGCUCGAUAAGAGAAUUGCUGGACAUAACAUUCCUAUGCUCAUCAUCAUGAAUGUAGCAAGCAAGACAACAGUUCCCAAAAGCACCAGUGUGAAACUCAAAAUGGAACUUUUACCUGAUGAAAAAGUCACAUUUGAGGAACACAAGCCAGUGAUCAAGGACAAGCAUGGAGAGGAUUCUAAGAGCUUUCAUGGCUAUAACAUAAUGCACAGAAACUUCAAAAAGGAUUUUGUUAAAAAUCUCAUCAGUAAGGACCUGAAACAUUAUGUCCAAGUCAACAAGGCUUCUGCAAACACAAAACUCUUCUCAUAUUUAGCCCUGCUUAAUUCAUAUAUUCCAAGCUCCCACUUGCACGAGAUAUUGUGUCAGGAAUUCUUUGCAAGUCAAUAUUCUGAUGCAAGUGAGUCAUUCGAACAGAUAAUGACUCCAUUCUUGGAUCUUCUGGUGAUAUACAAAGUAGAGCACUGUGAGGACAGAUGUGUCCGUAUUGUCCAUCCUAUGAUUGCUGAUGCUUGUAUUCAAAUGCUGUUUACCUGCGGUAUGCCAAGAGGUGAAAUAGCACACAAAUUUCUGUAUUUUAUUGUGAAAGCAUUAAACAAGCAAAUUGACUUUUUACACAUUUGCAAAGACAUGCUGAUCACAAGACAAGAACAUGACAAGUUUUCAAAACUCAUUCUUGACAUCAUGGAAGAAGACCACCAAACAAACUCAGCAAACUGCAUAUCUGUGUUGAAAUUCGCCUCAAAUCUGUAUUAUAAAGAUGCCUUCUAUCCUCAGGCUCUUGCACGGUUCUAUUAUAUCAAACUGGGAGACUACACAAAGGCUGAAGAGUUUGCAAAAAGUGCCAUUCAGAGAGAUCCAAAGAAUUCUUUUAUUAGAGACACACUAGGACAAGUUUACAAAAACAGACUGAGAAGAACAGUCAAGGAUAAAGCAUCUCCGAAUUAUGCUCGUAGAGUUUUGGAGCAUGCAGUUUCUGCAACAAAAGCAUUCAAAGAGGAGACAAAAACAGCUGAAGAUGAGCAGGAAUCAGACAUUAGAGACAGCAAUACUCCUUACACCUUUAAUAUCAGGGGCAUAUUUGGAUAUAUCCAAGUCAUCAAGAUUCUUUUUGAUGCUCUCACACAGCACAGUUCACAAUGGGCAGAAUUUCUGAGAGGGAAAUCAUCUGUCAGUUCUCUUGGCUCUUCAUUCAAAGACCAAAAACUAAAAAAAUACAAUGAUUUUCUCAAAACUCAGAAAGAUGAAAUCAAGGAAAAAUUCCAUGUUUUUCAGUAUUACCUGACAUACUCAAAGCCGAGCAUUGAAAAAGAGGAACCACCAUACUUUCGUCGAGAUGUUGAUGAUUGCUAUAGCAAGUAUGUGAUUUCAGAGGGACAGGCUGCCCAACGUGAACAGCGAAUCCUUGAAGUGAAAAAGGCUGAUACAUUUCCAGGGUUGCUGAAUCUCUUAGACCAAGACACCCAUGAGACAGAGUUAGAAGAGAUCCUCAGCCACAGUCUAAUCAAUGCUGAUUUUAACCAAAAUUACAUCCUCGCCAACAUCAUUUUGUGCAACAAGUCACCCACAUCUCAGUCCCUCAUGUCAAAGCAAGAGCUUCAGCACAGAUUAUGGAGAUAUUGGCUGGCAGAAAAAAGGAGAAGAAGUCCAGAGUUUUAUCUGUUGAUCCUUUUGUUGUUUUGGCCCGAUGGGGAUCAACAGAUUCAAGGGACGCCAAACUGGCCAAGCCUUACAGAGUGUGUAACAUACAUGCAUCAAGCCUUUGAGAGGACCUACAGAAAGCACCUUCGCUCCCGCUAUCUGGUGCCUCUCUUUUUCCUUGGGAAAGGUGAAAAUUUGCAGAGACUGGUACACAAAUCAAAAGUAGACCAACAUCAAAUGGAUGUUCUAACCAAAGGGGAUGAGAAAGCUGAAAUCCAGGGUUUUCAACGUGUCCAAGGGGAAGUUAGAGACCACAAAGUGUUUGCUUUGAGAGGAGCUAACCAGAUUGAAGUAACCCCUCAUCAACCAGCCAGUGUGCGCCGUCAAGGCCUUGUUUCAUUCUACCUUGGCUUUAACAUUAGAGGCCCUGUAGCCUACAACAUCAGACCCUCACACAGACAAUGUCAAAAUUGUUCCAGUGUCAGGGAUUCAACUGAAUGGGACCUGAUUGAGCCCUCUGUGAUCUCAGAAGAUGCACAGAACCAGAAGUACAGGUGCCGUACCUGUUGUGUCUUUAAAUUUCUUGAUAUAUAUAUCCACCACCCGCCUGAACCAUUGAGACAAGGCAGGAUGGAUCCAUGCUUUCAUGUUCUUUACACCAAAUUCUGACCCUAACAUCUGAAUGUCGCAGCAGAAAUCGAG